AGAACAAGGGGAAUAAGGUUUGGGAGUAUGAAGUUUCUACUUUCAAACAUUGUUACUUUGUUUCUUGUUUUUUUCCUUUUAUCAUUAGCCAAUGGCAUGGAGGAGAAGAAGAAGAAGGAUGUUUAUAUAGUUUAUAUGGGAGCUGCACCACUCGCUUCUUCUCCAGAGACUCUUACACAGACCCAUCUUGAGCUUCUUACUUCAGUUAUUAAAAGACAAGAGCAAGUGAAGUUGAUUCAUAGCUACAAAUAUGGGUUCUCUGGCUUUGCUGCGAGGCUAUCAAAAGAAGAGGCAUUGGACAUAAGCCAGAAACAAGGCGUGAUAUCUGUGUUUGUUGAUCCUAUUUACCAACUUCAUACUACUCGAUCAUGGGAUUUUUUGCAACUUCAGAACUCCAUAGAGACAGGCUUAACACCAGGAGCAAAUGAGCGUGAUGCUGGAUCUUCUUCCAUCGGAGGUGAAGAUACAAUCAUUGGAUUAUUAGAUACAGGGAUUUGGCCUGAAUCACCUAGCUUCAGUGAUAAAGGGAUGAGUCCACUUAAAAAAAGAUGGCAUGGGACAUGCGUUAGCGCACAUGAUUUCAAUUCAUCUAAUUGUAACAUGAAGCUCAUCGGAGCAAGAUCGUACGAAACCGACGACAGCAGCCCAUUUCCCCUCACCAGCACGAAUUCCCCAAGAGACGAAGACGGUCACGGAACCCACACCGCCUCCACCGCCGCCGGCUCCGCGGUCUCCGACGCAUCCUACUACGGCGUCGCCACCGGCACGGCCAGGGGCGGCUCUCCCAACUCCAGGAUAGCCAUGUACAAGGUUUGCGGCAACUUCGGCUGCAGCGGUUCCUCCAUCCUCGCCGCAUUCGAUGAUGCCAUUGCCGAUGGUGUCGAUGUGCUCUCUAUCUCGCUUGGUGCUUCAACAUUCUUCAGGCCCGACUUCGACACGGAUCCUAUCGCGAUUGGGUCGUUUCAUGCUGUGGAGAAGAAUGUGAUCGUCGUUUGCUCCGCUGGGAACGAUGGGCCUUCGGCGGGGAGUGUCGUUAAUGCGGCUCCUUGGAUCUUGACUGUCGCCGCUACCACUAUUGAUCGGAAGUUUGAGUCCGAUAUCGCUCUCGGUGGUAACAAUAACGCUAUCAAGGGGGAAGCUAUAAAUUUCUCAAUUUUGGACAAGUCUCCGACAUAUCCAUUGAUCUAUGGAAAAUCAGCAAAGUCUGAUUCAAACUCAAGUACUGAUCAAUCAGCCAGCCAUUGCGAAGGGGAGUCAUUGGAUCUGAAAAAGAUCAAAGGAAAGAUAGUUGUUUGCAAGCACUCGGAAGAUGACACGUCAAAGUCCAUAAUAGUUGAUCUAUUAAAGGACUCCGGAGCAAUUGGAUUGAUACUUGUCAACGAUCAACUAAAAUCCAUAGCUUCUACUUACCUUGAUUUCCCAGUUACUGAGAUCCUUCUCCCAGCAGCUGAUGAGCUCUUCACCUACAUCAACUCCACUAAGAAACCAGUUGCAACCAUUUUGCCAACCAUAGCUGUGACCAACUACAAGCCUGCACCACAAAUAGCUUAUUUCUCUUCAAGAGGCCCUUCUUCACAAACAAAAAACAUCCUCAAGCCUGAUAUUGCAGCACCAGGAGUGAACAUUCUAGCAGGAUGGCCUUCAGGGAAUUCAUCAUCAGAUGUACCACCAGGGCAAAAGCCUUCAGGUUUCAAUCUACUCUCUGGGACUUCAAUGUCUUGCCCUCAUGUGGCUGGAGUUACAGCCAAUGUCAAGUCUUGGAACCCAGACUGGAGCCCAGCUGCAAUCCGAUCGGCCAUCAUGACCACAGCUACUUUGAUGAACAAUAAUAAGAACCAGUUGACAACUGAUUCGGGCUCUACUGCAACACCAUAUGAUUUUGGAGCAGGAGAAGUUAAUCCAACAGCUGCAUUGCAACCAGGUCUGGUUUAUGAUGCAGGGCCUCAAGAUUAUCUGUUGUUUUUGUGUAACUAUGGUUACAAUACAACAACCAUCAAGGCUAUUAGUAAUAACACACUUGCUGGAUUUGAAUGCCCAAAGAACUCUAGUAAAGACUUGAUUUCCAAUCUCAAUUACCCAUCAAUAGCUGUCAGCAACCUACAAGGACAAGAGAAAAAGACAGUGAGUCGGGUACUGACCAAUGUGGGAGCUGAAGAAAUCACAUACACUGUAAGUAUCCAAUCUCCAGAUGGUGUAGAUGUCAAGGUAGUUCCUGAGAAGCUUCAGUUCACAAAGAAAAAUAAGAAAUUGAGCUACCAAGUGACCUUUUCUAUUAAGGAUUCCCUAACAACUGAACUGUUUGGGUGGAUUACUUGGUCAGAUGGAAAGCAGAGAGUUAGAAGUCCAUAUGUAAUCAGUAGCAAGCAAUAAAUGCUGGUAUGAAAAAUACCUUGAUUAGAUGAAAUGCAACUUAGAUCUAUGAUCUAUCUAUAUGACCCAUGUGUAGUAUUCGAUGUAUUCAUAGAAUUUAAAAUUAUCGAAUUUGAUUGGCUGAA